CAUAAUCAACUCUUGAUGCCAUCGUUAGCCUACGAUAUUUUGUAGAUUUGAAUACAUUUGGUGAUGGAUAAUUUAACCUAUAAAUGGAUAAUCGAGACUUUUUUUUUAUUAUCUUACCAACGUUAGUUCAUGUCAAAAGGAGAAAAAAAUAUAUUAAAUUCCAGAUGAACGUUCAAGUCGUCGGUCUGGCGGCGCGAUGGGCGGAGACUGGGUGAAUCUGCGACCCCUCAACCGUCUCUCAGAUUUUUCGAAACCUGUCACAGGUGAUCACGAUCGCUGAUAUGAUUAAUAGCAGCUUUUCAAGCGCCUCCGGGGACUGAUUAUAGAUUUUCGGCCCCGAGUCUGAAAUUUGGGGUAUAGGGGUAGCUCGGACCGGGGAGUAACAUAGGCCAGGUGGCUUUAGUCUACCACUUCCGGUUUCGGAGUUAUGACCCCCGAGCGAAGCCGGGUAUCCUGCUAGUAUCAGUUAUUAUGUGAUUGUGAUUGUAUUGCAUACGCAUGCGUGUCAUUCAAAAGGUUAUAGCCUAGAAUAUUCUUUCCGUGUAUUCUCCAUCUAAUUACGACUGUCACCGGUUAGUCUUUUACGUGCACUUAAUUUUUCGUCCCAUCCGAACAACCAAUCACUUUUCUUUGCCAGGCCCUAAUUGGGUCUUGAGGCAUUCACGAGGAGCUAGGGGUCAUUGACGGAUUAUUACAGGUCUCAUGGGGCCGGCUCGCUGGAAAUGUCACUGAGGUCCUUGCAUCGACAGUGAAAAGAUGACAUAUUCUGGUCAUUGUCGGUCACACUCACUUGUUAGUAUUGUAGAUAGAUAAAUUUAUUUAGCACACACAUACACCAAAAUAAAUGACAUGGAUUAAGACGAAUGUAGUGCGAGUUAUAAAUAGACAAUUUUUCCCUUAAUCUUUUUUUCUCUUCUUCCUGCAUUUUUGGGUUGACUUUUUGGUCUAGAAUUGGAGAAAAGGGAUCAAAUUUGCAAUUUCAUAGCAGUUUUGGGUAAUACUGGUGAUGUUACAGCGGAGGGAUAGGGGUUGUAAAGUGUCUUUCUGCAGGGCAAUCAUUGUGUCGGAAGUGAGAUUUUCACCCCAGUCAACUUCAAAUCCCCGUAGCAAAAAAUCUAAAUGGUCAACCCCCUACAAAUUUAUGAUGAGGAUAUUGCCAAAUGUGGUCCCCAUUAUGCCUAUAAAGAUUGGAACCAACGGAAUGCUGAGCAAAAAACUCCUGCAGCCUGUGAUGUUACAGCCAUUUAACAUUGAAGUCAAUGCCUGGGCAAAUAAUUGCUAGUCUGACGCCACAUACGGUGAUUUCUACUUUGGGUUGCAGAUAAGCUGCAAUUUCAUUGGAUAUCCCGAAAUAGACUGACCAACCAGAGGCUUAUAAUAUUGUCCACGCACCAUUGGACAAAACAGUGAAAUGUCGUCUGUGAAUGUUGAUGUCAACCUUAUUUAAAUAAUUCAGAGGACAUAGAAGAAGUGACAGCAUGAUAUAAAACAUAGAAAAACAUGAGUGAAGAAGUAAAAAGUGGAAGUACUGACAAUGAGGAAGUUGUUGUACCAUCACCUGAUGACCAAGAUGAACCUGAUCUUAUCCGACAAAAACAGGCAGAACUACAGGAAUUAAGUCUCACACCUUUAAAAGAAGAUAUUUGUCAGUGGUUGGCAAAAACGUUAGAGAUAGACAUCAGCUCAGAGACAUUCCUUGAUGUUCUGGACAAUGGUGUCUACUUGUGUAGACUAGUCAAAAUUAUCCAGUCAAAAGCAGAAGAGUGUCUCAAAGUAGGAAAAUUUAAAGAGCCUCUGCCCAGUUAUAAAGUACGAUGUAAGGAGAAUGCUGGGUCCGGUAGUUGGUUCGCGAGAGAUAAUACAACCAACUUUAUACAAUGGUGUCGAGAAUACGGCAUUCGGGAUGAUUGCUUGUUUGAAGCAGAAGAUUUGGUUUCCUAUAAACAUGAGAAGCCUGUUAUAGUAUGUUUAAUGGAACUAGCAAGACUGGGUUAUAAAUAUGGACUCGAACCACCAACUCUGAUUAAAAUGGAGAAAGAAAUAGAAAAAGAAGAGAAGUUAACAGAAAAAGAGGUUGAAGUCAAAGUGGUGGAACGACCAAAGUCUUCCGUAAAUAACAACAAAAAACUUGAUUCAUUAGAUGUUAAAGUUAGAAGGGUAGCUACUAAAUGUGGAUGUUUACCGUAUGUAAAAAGAAUCCGAGAAGGAGUGUAUAAUAUAUUUGGUCGAGUCGUAUUUAUCAGGUUAUUACAAGGUAAACAUCUGAUGGUCCGAGUAGGAGGUGGCUGGGAUACAUUGGAACACUACCUCACAACACACGAACCUCAACAAAUCUUCGAAUUCCGAAGAGCUGGUAGUCAAGACAACCUUCUCGAUGAAGCCAUAGAUAAAAAAUUUCUAUAUAUGCGAGCCAAGUAUAAAUCUGGUACUAAGUCCACGUGAGGUAUGACAUGGUGUCAGAGUCUACAUGAGGUCAGAUUUUGUGUUCAAGUCUACAGGAGGUCAGAAAUUUGAUUUUUGUAAAUUUAAUGAAACUCAGCUUAACAUUUUGUAAACUUUGUGUUGUCUCCAUGAAACUUGAAUCUCCGCAAACAAAUGGCAGCUUUCAGUUUUAAUCUUUUCUAAAAUUCUAAAAUUGUCCGGCUGUAAUUGGCAAUAUUUUAAAUUUGGCCGACUGUAAAUGGCAAUGUUUUAAGUUUGCCUGGCUGAUAUGGUAAAGAUAUGACAUUACCCGACUGUAAACAGUGCAGUUUUAAGAUUUCCCAGCUGUAAACAGUGCAGUUUUAAGAUUACCCAGCUGGAUUCAGUACAUUUUUAAGAUUGCCCGGCUAAAAUCAAUACAGUUUUAUGAUUGGCAGGCUAUAAACAAUACAGUUUUAAGAUUGACCGACUGUAAAAAUAUAAGAAAUGUCAAUGUGAAGUUUAAGCUGAUCUCGAAAUGUGAGUUAUGAUGUUAAGAUCUUCAGGUUUUUUGAUCUGAACUUUUAAAACGGUUGUUGUGUUAAACAUACAUUAUGCAAGAGCAAAAUCUGAUUAUUGCAAGUCUUAAUUUAGACUUCAGAUGUUAUAGAAAUUAUAAAUUAGAUCUUUAUUUAAACAAGCCCAAAAUCAACUCUGUAGACCCACGGAUGGCUCGGCUACAGCUCGGAUUUAAAUAGGAUUUCACUUAUUAAUUAAUUCAAAUAUGGCGCAUCCUGAUGAGAAUACGUCAGUUAGAUCGAGGCUAAAUGAUAGAGUGUACUUAGCGAGGCCGCUGUAGAGCGUUUCCGCAUGCCAUUGAAAACUUUACUUGAUAAUCGAGAUAUGUAGGUGGAGUUAACGCCUGUCAAUCAAACGAUCAGCCACGGUGAAGGCACAUUUCACUACCAUUUCUAGUCAAAUAUUACAAUGAUGAUAACUAUGUUCAGAAUAAAGUAAUUUGACUGAAAUUUUCAAAAUAUUCUUCUUUCAUCAUCUACUUUUGAACUGUUAUAGCAAGAAUGACCGAUUCUCUGUAAAAAUCUCCCAUAAUGUAUCUUUAAGUGGUAUAAUUUAGUAAUUGAGAAAUACAUCAUUAGAACACAAUUUUUAUUGGCAAAAACUGAUUGGUUUUAUUAUAUAAGUACAAUUUAUCUGUUAUCAUCUCUGAAAGGGCAUUAUGGGAUAUUAGAUAAAGAGUUGACAGUUCUCGCUAUAAUAGAUAAAAAAUACAUAACGUAAAUAGAAUAUACUGAAAAUUUCAGUCAAAUUGAUCCACUCUGAACCGAUAUUAGCUUUUGACUUUUAGACUAGCCUCGAUCAUCAUUACUAAAGUCGAUAGGAUAAAAAACAAAGUAUUGAAUAUCCAUUUUUACCUUUAAUUAUUUAUCAAAAAAUCUAUUCCAAUCUGCUAAAUAUCGCAGGCUAGCGAUGUCAUCGAGAGUUGAUUAUGGUCUGGAUAAGUUAAUUAAUAUCUAAUUAUUAAUUUAGAUAACAUUUCAGGCCUAAAGAAAGGCCUGCAAUAGACAGAUUUAGCUCUUGCAUAAUGUAUGUUUUAAGCUUGAUGAAAAUUGUGUUCUGUUGGUUGUUAUGGUAAUAUUUAAUGUAAUUUUUGGUUGUAUUAUUUUCAACAGUAUUUGUAAAUAAGUAAGGGUAUUAUUGUCAACGGUUUAUCUAUAUAUACAUAAUAUUAUUUAUUUUCAACAGUAUUUGUAAAGAUAAAAAGGUAUUAUUGUUGACAGUAUAUAUGUAUAUUUUUUUCGACAACAUUUGUAAUAUAAAGGGACGGUGGAGGGCCGAAGGGUUAGCGUGUGCAUGCUGUAUCAUAAGGUCUGUCAUUGAGUUAAGGCGUGGUUUCAAUUCCACGGUUGUACGUGACACUUAGUUGGGCAGCCUAUCCAACCUCGUGGGGUUUCUCUGGGUCCUUUUGUCCCCACCCCCCCACCCCACUGCCAAAG